AUGUAUCCUGUUCCUGGUUCCAUGCAUGGAGUGGAGGGAAGUAAUGGACAUCCUAGGAAACUUAUUUCUUUCCUUUUUGUUUUUGGCAUUUCAUUAUUAUGUUCUGGAUUCCUGCUUUCAAUGUUUGUUUUACAGACAUGUCCAAGUGGAGCUUUUGGGGACUGUAAAGCAGCCCUUAAAAUUAUUGGGCCUCUGCUUGCUGUAGUUGGCCUCGUGUGUAUCAUUCUGGCACAGUCGAAGGCUAAAGGCUAUCUCCGAGAGGUGCAGCUACAAGAUGAUCAGGUGUAUGGCUUUGUCUUUUGCCGAGGAAACUGCCAGUUUGCCCAGUUCCUUGUCUUUGGCUUUUUAUUUUUAACCAGUGGAAUGCUUAUUAGUGUCCUGGGCAUUUGGAUUCCAGGAUGUAGCCCUGGGUGGCACUACCAACCAUUUAACCAGAGCAGUACAUCUGAUAUUGAAUUCCAAGACUGUGGAUUUCUCUCUGUUCAAACCAUGGGUCCUUUGAUUGUGCUUAUUGGAUUGUGCUUCUUUGUGAUAGCUCACAUCAAAAAGAAACAAAAUUUAAAUCUCAUCCAAGAGUCUUCUGUACAUGAAGAGGAGCAUCUGAGUCCUGAAUCGUUUCAAGUUACAGUAGGAGAUACUGUCAUGGUAUUCCCACCACCUCCACCACCUUAUUUUGCUGACUGUUCCCUGCAAACAAUAACUCCUAGCCUUGUGACAAGUGACUUGCAUUUAGGGGAAAAUCCUCCUCCAUACCACAGCACUUUUGUUCACCAAACACAGACUACUGAUAUAUCAUGCUCAGUUACUUGCAGAGAAAACGAGCUGCCGCAUACAAUAUCAGGAAGUGAUUCACCUUCUGAAACUUUAUCCAUUCUCUAUCUUGACUCUGAACCAUCUCAGAAAUACAAGGCAAAAGAAGCAGCUGUAAACAGUGAAUGUGUUUUGUCUUCUUCCCCCUCUCUGUCUUAUAUGUCUUUGUCCUCUUCUGAGUCUUCCCUUGAACAAAUUAUGAGCUAAAAUUUCAUUUGUAUGCCUACCUCAGUCAUCUGAGGCAAAGUGUCCAACACAAGAAGGCUUUAUGGAAGUAAGAGAAGCUUCACAAUCACUCAUCUCAGAGAGUGCUGGCAGAAACCUGUAGCCGUAUUAGAGGUAGCUUCCCUCCCUUAUACUCUGUUUGUCACUGUGCAUUGAUCCAUUGUCAUCCAUGUAUCACCUGCUGUUAGCAGAUCUGAACCAGAGUGGAGGGAGUGGUGAUUAAAAAUGAGAGGGAAAAGGGGCUAUGAGAGGUCAUGGUGAAAAUAAACUGGAAGAGGGAGCCUUGGCUCAAAGAGAAUAGCAAGCCACAAAGGUGAGACAGCAGAGAGUGCCACAAUAGAAACUUGGCAAAGCCAAGAGUUAUAUUACGGACAAAGCUCUCUAACAAUUCAAGUCCACUGUGGGAAACAUCAUCCUGGUAAGUGUUCAAGAUGAGGAAGACCAGACAGCCUUACUAUUCCUAUAGUUAAGAACCCUGCAUUUUGUUUGUGAUCCAAAUACCGUAAGCAAAACCAUCAACUGAAA